ACCGCGUUUUUUUUACAGUGUGUUUAGGGGACAGGCAGCUAGCCGAUAGUGAGGAGACGUUUGAUGUAUGUGACAAAAAAUGUUUUGGCCCCAGAUCGCUUAGAGAACCUUUAAUAAUAUUUAAUGAUUUUUUUUUUCUGAUUACAGCAUGACAGUCAAGUGGAAACUGCAAAUAUAUAAGAUUUAUUUGCAAUGUCCUAAACUGAAAAUAAAGAUGGUUAAAGUGUCAAAUGAUGUUCACACCACAGCUGCUACUUCCUGUGAUACUGUAGUGUAUAGGAAAAAUAGGUCAUUGUCCAGUUUAAAGAUUACAGAAGUCACUUUGAAACCAAGCAAUUUUCUCUUGGAAGUUGUGUGACCAACCCGGUGCAAAAUCUGGAAAUCUUUCGCCCUCUUGAGAAAUUCCAGAUUGCUUGGAUUUCUAUUGAAAUGACUGGAUUUUUCACCCACAAAAGUUCGCUGACUGACUGUAAAUAACCACACUUUACACAGGACAUUUUCUAAUUUGGAAUUCAUUUGAGAAUAAGAGAUGCAUCUAAAGCGUUAAGGCAGUUAACCAAAAACAUUGUUUCCUUAGAGGAUUUAUUAUUUGUUUAUUAAUUUGCAAUUUUUCAGAACACGAAUGGUGAAAUAUGUUCACAUUCACCGAUAUUCGGCGAAUUUGCGCAGGCGCAUCCAGAAAUCCAAAAGAAAUUCACGCAAUCGGUAAAAAAAAUAAAAAAUUCGGUACCAGCAAAACGCUGGUUUGAAAGUGACUUUUCUUUUCUGUGACUUUUACCUGCGACAUUUCGCCAAUGUGACUGCACCUUUAAGGUUGGUAAUAUUGUACAAAUAAAAUGAAUAUAUAUCUGCCAUAAUGAGACCUAGCUGCCAUCAUAUAGGUCUACCCAAGUAAAGCAAGAGUAGGGCAAUAUUAAUAAUUAAUAAAAAGAGGAGAUCACACUGACGAGUUUGACUUCUCAAGUGAUAGCGACGCCCCUGUGAACGCGCGUUCAUCUCGAGCGCCGCUAGCCUCUCGCGCAGGCAGGCAGACCUCUGAUGGCGAGCACAAGUCAACAGCACACUGAGGUGGCGAUGGGAUGCAGAGAUCCUGGACUUUGUGCAGACCAUGUCGUGAUGGUCUGAGGAUAAAACACAGCGCGGGGUGGGCUAAAAUAUGAUCAGCAACCCUCUCGCGUUGAGCUCCCUUCACUGAGACUAUGAGGCAAGCAGUGACCGCCACUCUGUCUGUGUGGGGCGAGAGGCGAUUCGGGUACUCCACCCUCAAGGACUCCAGCGAGUCUCUGCUAGACGAGCGCAAGCUGAGGCCUGGUCUGAAAGAGGACUCUGUCAUUGAAGAGAAAGAGCGGGCAGAGAAUGAGCAGGAGCCCCUGGAGGCUGUGCUGGGACUCCCAUCGUCCCCUGUGGAGGACACUGAGAGCGCGGAGCCCUCAGACUCGACGCUGGAGUCAUGCCAGGAGCAUAAGAGCGUCUCUAAGAACGCUGACUCUGGGGGGAGGAAGGGUUCUCUAGGUGCUCUGCCUGUGCAGCGCUGCAGCUCCCUGGGCACUACGGCCCCUCAGUGGGUCCCUGAUUCUCAAGCACCAGCGUGCAUGAAAUGUGGAUCCAAAUUCUCCUUCACCAAAAGACGUCAUCACUGCAGAGCAUGUGGGAAGGUUUUUUGUGUGGUUUGCUGUGACCUGAGAUUUAAGCUGACUCAUCUCGGUGGGAAAGAGGGGCGAGUCUGUGUCACAUGUCAUUCAACUUUGAUUAGCCGGACUCUUCGCAAGGACCAAAAGAAGGUUUGGUUUGCAGAUAAUCUCCUUCCCCAGUCUGAGAGUAGAAGUGCCAACAGCUCUCCCAUUCACAGGAGUGUGUCUCACACACAGAGGACUGAGCUCGCUCAGGCGGAAGUGACUGACAUUAGGGCAGGAGAUGAAGUCAGAGAUCUUAAUAGCAACGCCACAAAACCCACUCCACCAAAGGACCUUCCCCCUAUUCUGACAUCAACAGGGGUCAAAGGAGACUAUACCCUGGAGGAGAAGAGAACGGAGUCGUCACUCUUAGAGGAGUUGGAGAGGGGUCUUGCAGAGCCUCUGGUCUUUGUGCUCAACGCCAACCUGCUGGCCGUGGUGAAGAUUGUCAGCUAUGUGAACCGCCGGUGCUGGUGUGUUAUGUCGAAGGGUAUGCAUGCUGUUGGACAGCCGGAAGUGGUCAUUUUACUGCAGUGUUUGCCUGAGGAGAAAAGAUUCCCAACGGAUAUUUUCAAUCAUUUCAUUCAGAUCUACUGGGAUGCCCAGACAGCAGCAGGAAAGCUUCUGAAUCACCUAAGUCACUCUUUGGUAUCCCGGGGGUUUCUGGGUAAUAACGAGCAUGCAGGCUUUCUUUACGUGCGUCCGACAUUCCAGUCUCUGGAGGGCCUGCCGCUACCUGUGCCGCCCUUCCUGUUCGGACUCCUCAUGCUCCGUGCCGAGGCUCCAUGGGCCAAAGCCUUUCCACUGAGACUCAUGCUGCGUUUAGGAGCGGAGUACAGAUUUUAUCCCUGUCCCUUGUUCAGUGUGCGCUUCAGAGAGCCUCUCUUCGGACCCGUCAACAACAGUAUCAUGAGGCUCUUAGUGGAUUUCCGUUUUUACCGUUACACGCUGCCGACGGUGCCGGGGCUCGUGGUCGAUCUAGAGGCUAGAAGCACCUGCAUAAGAAUCCCUAAAACACGUCAUCCAGAGCUGCUGAAGGCUCUGAAUAAGUCUAAUGAAAGAGUGCUGGCCCUGGGCGCCUGCUUUAAUGAGCAGGCCGACUCUCAUCUCAUUUGCGUGCAGACGGCAGAUGGACAGUACCAGACCCAGGCCAUCAGCAUUCACAGCCAACCCCGCAGAGUCACCGGCUCGUGUUUUUUUGUGUUCAGUGGAGCGCUCAAACCUUCAUCAGGGUACUUGGCCAAGUCCAGCAUUGUAGAAGAUGGCUUGAUGGUGCAGGUUACCAUGGAGACCAUGGGCGAGUUGCGCCGAUCUCUACGGGACAUGAGAGACUUCACAGUCACCUGUGGAAAACUCCACCCUGCAGAGAGGCAGGAAAAUGUGCACAUUCAGUGGCAGGAUGAAGAGCCGCGCUUUAAUAAAGGCAUUAUCAGCCCCAUUGAUGGGAAGUCUAUGGAAUCUCUCACAAACAUCAAGACCCAUCAGCGCUUAGAAUACAAAGCCAAUGGGAAGCUCAUACGCUGGACAGAGGUGUUUUACUUGCUGAAAGACCAACAUCCAAAUGGUCUUAAUAACCACACCAGCCACAACCGUCUAUCAGAACGUCUUGCACGGGCGUUCUGCUUGGCGCUGUGCCAGUCUCUCUGUUUGCUGAAGGAGGACGGCAUGACCAAACUGGCAUUGAGAGUAAUUCUGGAUGGCCAGAAGAUGGAGUUUUUGGCAGGCGGUAACGGUCAACGCCUUCCAGCUCCGUACCAGGACUGUCUUAACCAAUCAUUAAUGUCCGUGGUGCAGAGUAACUCUCAGUACCAGGGUCUCGCCGCCUGCCAGCUAGAGCUCAUCUUCUAUAUUCUGGAGGAUACGUCAUAGAGACGGACCACCCACUGUCACAUGUGCCAACACUCCCAGAAACCUCAUGAGUAUAACCUUUGAGUUUAGUAUAAUUUGAGGGUGGAAUGUAGUAGAUGUCCCCAUGGGGCAGCUUAUUUUAGUAGUUUAUUCAAAACCCCACUGCUCACUGUGAAAAUGUCGGGGGUUACAACAUCAAAUGGCUUUAAAAACUGCUGCGUCAUCACUAGAGGUCGACUGAUGUAUCGUUUUUGCUGAUUGAUCGACACCAGUAACAGGUCGUAACAGUAAUUUUAAUAGUAACACGUGUGACUUGUCUUGUAAUUGCAGCUUCAUGUCUCACUAUUAUGAAUAUUUUCACUUAAAGGGGUAGUUCACUUUAAAAAAAACAAAAAAAAACUACUUACUCACCCCCAUG